AUGCAGCCUCGCGCAGCAGGCGGGGGAAAUGCAAAGGGUCCGGUGAAGACUCGGUGUGAGCCAAGACCUCGCGACAAGAACAUCGAUGAAUUGAUUCGCACCCUUCCGAGAAGUCCAAAGGACUUCACGCGCUUCAUUGUAAAUUUGGGCAAGCGGCGGCUUUGGCAGCAUGUUGCGGCCGUUUUGUCAGAGAUGCGGCGGGCAAGCAGCCUGCGGCUUGAUGCUAUUGCUGUUGGUGCCGCAGUCAAGGCCUGCGCAGGGGCGAGCGCGUGGUCAGCAUCUCUUCAGCUCGUAUGCAGCGCAGAGCAGGCAGCCGUCAGAGCGGACACAUUUACGUUGAAUCUGGUGCUCAGUAGCACAGACCUGCCCAGAAAGUGGAGGCUUGCACUUGGCAUCCUGCAGCGUCAGAGGCGCUUCCUACAACCCGACAUCAUCUCGUACGGCUCCGGCUCUGCCUCCUGUUCUCGAGCCAGCCAUUGGAGCGAGGUUUGUAGACUCUAUGGUCAGCUCAGCAUCUUCGGACUGGAGAAGGACACCACGAUGCUCAGCACGGCCCUGACAACAUUCGAGAAGGCAUCACAAUGGGAACGAAGUUUGUGCACCUUCCGGCGCGUUCGACAAGAGCAUCAGCUUCGUCUCGACAGGCAUACGUUCAAUGCAGCUGCCAGCUCCUGUGCGGCCGGAUUAAAGCCCGAGUUGGCAAUGCUUACCAUGCAGGACAUGAAGGGGUUGACCAUUCAGCCAGAUGUUGUCACCUUCGGCGCGAUGGUUACUGCGACAGAGAAGAGCCAGCUUUGGCAACGAGCAACGGACUUGUUGCAGCUCAGCAUCUCACAAGGCAUGCCCUUGGAUGUCGUGUUGGCCAGCUCCACAAUCAGUGCGUGCGAGAAGGUGCAGGUGGAUGUCAUCGUUGGCGGCUUGCUCCAUGACACGGUCGAGGACAAUCCUACCAUUCACUUUGAGGAUUUGGAGGAAAUCUUUGGGCCUGAUGUCCGUCGUAUUGUUGAAGGAGAGACCAAAGCCUCUAAACGAACAGCAUUGGGCGGACGUGGAAAUUGGAGCAGACGUUACACAUCUUUGUUUAGCAUAUUUUUCGGCAAGAAGACGCCUUCAUCAACAUCCGAUGAUGUGAGUAAGGCCCGUGAACAAGCAGAAAACCUCAGGGACAUGUUCUUAGCCAUGGCUGAUGAUUAUCGCGUGAUCCUGGUAAAGCUUGCGGAUCGCUUGCACAAUAUGCGCACGCUCCAGUUCAUGCCAGAGCGCAAGCGCAAGACCAUCGCAGCGGAAACCCUGGUAGUGUUUGCACAGUUGGCACACCGGCUGGGUGUUUGGCUGUUCAAAACCGAGCUGGAGGAUUUGUCUUUCAAGUACCUGUACCCCACAGAGUUUCAUCGACUCAACAAUCUUCUCAGCAUGCGGCGAGCACAGUACACAUCCACUCUCGCUGCAGCCACGCACGAUUUCUCUGAGAUCCUCAGGCAAGAUGAGACCCUCACAAGACACAACAUCAAGCUGGAGAUCACGGGAAGAGAGAAGGGCAUGUACUCUCUGUGGGAGAAAAUGCGCCGAAAGACAAAAUAUCAAAACAACAUCGACAAUAUUGACGACAUCAUUGCAUUGCGAGUUGUGCUUGACAUUGACCGCUUCGAGGGGGAAGGUGACGAAGAGUUCGCCGAGCGAGGCGCAGGUUUCUGCUACCAUGCGCUGACAUUGGCAAAGAAGCUUCCCAACUGGACCGGAGGCGACAGUCUGAAAAAUUACAUCGCUUUCCCGAAACCAAACGGUUAUCAGUCAUUGCAUGCGACCUUCGUUCAUGAUGAUGCACCUGUGCCAUUGGAAAUACAGAUUCGAACCAGACAGAUGCAUGAAGUCGCUGAGUACGGCAUGGCAGCACAUUGGACUUACAAAGACGAGCUGCGCGGCGACGGAGAGUCCAAGAUGCUCAGCCGACGAGUUGCAUGGCUUGAGUCGCUCGCAGACAAGGAUGGAGAAUUGCGAACGGAUGCGCAGCAAUUUGUGGAAGAGGUUUUGCGAGAUGAGCUUGGAAGAAGGUGUUUCAUAUUCUUGAGAGACGGAACCAUCCUGAAUCUCUCCAGAGGCUGCACCGCGCUGGAUGCGGCGUUCAAGAUUCACUCUGAGGUUGGACUGCACAUGGUGCACGCUGUGAUCAACGACAAGAAGGUACCUCCAUUUUAUCAGCUUCAGAAUGGUGAUCGUGUCAACAUCGUCACCUCAGAUGAAGCAGUUCCCCAGAGAGAGUGGCUGGCAUAUGCAUUUCUCCGGUCUACCCGCAACAAGCUUACGGCCUACUUUAGAAGGACAAAGAAGGACAAAGAACGUGCAGUGGAUUUUGCUGCAGCUUUGGCGACAGCAGCAACUGCAGCAGCUGCAAUACCCCUUGUACAUUAA